GUGUGCCAUAGCAAAUUGGUAGCUGUGAGUGUGGUUUCUCUGCUUCCCAUUCCAAAAUCGUGAAUGUGGAAAUGGGUGGAAGCAAGAAGAGGAAGAGAGCCACCAUUCACCCCAAAAACAAAUAUUCAGAAAACCCACCAGACUUUGCUCUAUUGGCUUCUCUCUACCCUUCCUUCCACCCUUUCCUCCGCAACUCCCAUCGCCACACUCACACCACCAUCGAUUGGACCGAUUUCAACGCCACUCGCGAACUCACUCGUGUCUUGCUUCACUAUGAUCACGCUCUCACCUGGUGGAUUCCUGAUGGACAGCUCUGUCCUACUGUGCCCAACAGGUCUAAUUACAUUCACUGGCUUGAUGAUCUUCUCGCUUCUGAGAUCAUUCCGAAUAGCAUCACAGAUGGGGGUAAGGUGAAGGGGUUUGAUAUAGGAACUGGAGCAAAUUGCAUAUACCCUCUUCUUGGUGCAUCUCUUCUGGGAUGGAGUUUUGUUGGAUCAGAUGUGACUGAUGUUGCUAUUGAGUGGGCAGAGAGAAAUGUUAAUAGUAAUCCACAUAUUUCUGAUCUGAUUGAAAUUAGAAGGGUUGAAAGCAAUGGAAGUGCUGCCUGUGUGGAACGUUUGCAUGUUGAAGAGUCAGUUCAUAGUGGAAAGAUAGCUUUGUGUGAGAAUAUUGAUGCAGAGAAUAAGAAUUAUAAUGGACCUCCUGUUCUUCUUGGUGUAGUCAGGGAUGAUGAGAAGUUUGAUUUCUGCAUGUGUAAUCCACCGUUUUUUGAAAGCUUGGAGGAAGCUGGACUGAAUCCCAAAACCUCUUGUGGUGGGACUUCUGAGGAAAUGGUUUGCCCUGGUGGUGAGAGGGCCUUCAUUACUCGGAUUAUUGAAGAUAGUACUGAACUGAAGCAUAGUUUUCGGUGGUUCACUUCAAUGGUAGGUAGAAAAUCAAAUCUCAAGUACCUUAUAUCUAAACUUUGGGAGGUUGGAGUUGCCAUAGUGAAGACAACUGAAUUUGUCCAAGGCAGGACAUCUCGAUGGGGGCUUGCUUGGUCUUUCUUGCCUCUGGUGCAGAAGUCAUCAAUUUCUUUGCUCGAGAAGAAAAAUAUGUCCUUCAUGCUUGAGGGUCUUCAACGUCAACAUGGUGCCAUUAAUGUGUUGGAAGCUGUCAAAUCAUACUUUGCUUCUAAUGGCCUAUCCUGUACAUUGAAUACCUCCUCUUUCACUGUGGAUGUUCUUGCAUCAAAAGAUGACUGUGAUUCAAUCUUGAAGAAUGAAUUACCCAUUAUCCACAAAUCCAUCAAUUGUCAACCUUCAAGAGAGACAUCUAAUGGAUCAAGCUUGAAUUUCUCUUUUGAUAGAUUAUGCUUUCGUAUAUCGGUUUUUCAGCAAAUCCCUGGGACACUGUUGGUGAAAGGUUCAUUACAGGACAGGAAUAGCCCAUCAUCAGGAGCAUUGUCAGUGAUUUUCCAAAAACUGGAAGAAGCUUUGAGAAAGCAAGGAGUGAUGGGGCAGUUUUGAUGUGAAGAGGAAGUGAAGGGCUACAAUCAUCUCCGGAGGCAAUAUUGCUCAAGAAAUUUAGGGUAGAUCAUGCAUAUAUUAUAUUUUGUUUACCAAACCAGUAAUAAUCAUUCAAUUUGUUUGAAAAUUGUGCUAAUGGGACCCUAAUUUAAAAACGAUUUUUCUAAUGUGUAAAAAUAGAUUUUUUUUUAUUAAAAAUAAAAACAUUUAAUACAUUUUUUU